AUGUCCGAAGCAACCCCCCGCAUCAACGCCGAAUACCUCGAACACUUCUCGCACAAAACCGUGCGCAUCACCGGCAAAGUGCGACAAAUCCGCGGCGAAACGGCCGUAAUCGAUGCCAAAGGCUCAAUCACCCUACAUCUCAACAAGGACUGCCAUCUCCAAAACAACCACGCGGUCGAAAUCAUAGGCAAAGUUCAACAGGAUUUGAGCGUCAAGGUCUUGGCGAGUACGGAUUUUGGGCUGGAGAAUGAUAUCGAUUUCAACGCAAUCGACGCCGUGGUAGAUGCUACGCAUCGCUACCAUGAAAUCUUUUACCAGAAGGAUGAAUGA